ACAGGAAGUGGGACCAAAACAAAGGAGCUGCGGCCGGGAGCGGAUCUAGCUUCCUGCGCCUCCCAUCCGCGCGCGCCUCGGCCCUGGGUGCCGACCCCGAGGAGGCGUCUGACUAUGUCCAACAUGGAGAAACACCUGUUCAACCUGAAGUUCGCGGCCAAAGAGCUGAGCCGGAGUGCCAAAAAAUGCGAUAAGGAGGAAAAGGCCGAAAAGGCCAAGAUUAAAAAGGCCAUUCAGAAGGGCAACAUGGAAGUGGCGAGGAUACACGCCGAAAACGCCAUCCGCCAGAAGAACCAGGCGGUGAAUUUCCUGAGGAUGAGCGCGCGGGUCGACGCGGUGGCCGCCCGAGUCCAGACGGCGGUGACGAUGGGCAAGGUGACCAAGUCGAUGGCUGGCGUGGUCAAGUCGAUGGACGCGACGUUGAAGACCAUGAACCUGGAGAAGAUUUCUGCUUUGAUGGACAAGUUCGAGCACCAGUUUGAGACGCUGGACGUCCAGACCCAGCAGAUGGAAGACACGAUGAGCAGCACGACGACGCUGACCACUCCCCAGAACCAAGUGGAUAUGCUGCUCCAGGAAAUGGCAGACGAGGCUGGCCUCGACCUCAACAUGGAGCUGCCGCAGGGGCAGACCGGCUCCGUGGGCACCAGCGUGGCCUCGGCCGAGCAGGAUGAGCUGUCCCAGAGACUGGCCCGCCUGCGGGAUCAAGUGUGACGGCAGAACCCCACCCUGGGGUUUCCCGGCCGCCGCCGCCUUUCGAAAUGCUCUCUGUGUGUCAGGGAGAUACUCUCGCCUAGAAACUCCGGACAUGCCAGAAUGCAGAAAUGCCCUUUGUAAACCUUUGGGUGUACGACGCUUUCUUCAGAUACGUUGGGAAGUUCCAGUCUUUCUCUACUCUUACUGGGUGUUAAAGUUCUGUAUAGCUUGUGAUGAUGUGUAUUUUUAUAGCUGCCUUUUAACAAAAUUAGUUAAUUUGGUGUACGUUAAUGUUUCUCGAAAAUCUGGUCAAAACUUUGGUUUCUGUGUAUUCAGUUUUCUUCCCACAGUUAUCAAAUCGAAAGUGGUUUGUGUUUUUCCUUUUAGUUUGGUGUGAUUGACAGUAUCUAGAAAGACAGAUGGUGUAUAAAAGUUAAAAGAGAGAAAUUGUUACUUAGUUUAGUUACAAGGCUGUAAACACCUCAUCCAUCUUAUUCAAUGGACAGUGCUAUUUCUGUAUAUCUUUUGUUUUUUGCUGUCAAAGUGAGACUGCAGUUUACUGUUCUCAUAACUUACACUAAAUCUGGUCUCAUAAUUCAUAUUAAAAUUACCUUAGAACAUUGUUGCAUAACACUUUUCUCACUGCUUACAUUCUAUAAAUUUUUCAUGUGUUGAUUGUCUUUGAGUAACUGGAAAAAUGCCACCGAACUUCAUUUAUAUUUUCUACUCACUAAAUCGAGAUUUUAAAAAGACUUAGAAAGUAUAACAUUUGACAGUGUCUUUCAAAUGAGCUUUCUGACAUUUCUAGUUGUUUUCUAUUUCAACAUUUUAAUUUUACUUCCUAUAAAGUACAUUAUUUAGC